CCCUCUCUUACCCUCCUCAUCUCCGUUGGCCUCCUUAUAUGCAUCUCUCUCUCUCUCUCUUUCUUUCUCUCUCUCUUUAUUCCUCUUCUUCAUGGGGACAGUCCCAUUAAAUAGUGGCAAUAAAACUUUGCCAUCCAACCAAUCCUAUUUACGUUCCCCAUCACCCCAUUCAAUGCCUCUAUUUAUAUAAGCCUUGUUUCCUUUGAACAAUUAGGUGCAGCCACUGAGAUUAAUCACGUACCCUUCUUCCUCCAUGGCGGGCACUGCAGGAGUACUGCUGAGCUACCCAAGAUUAGCCACCACCAUCAACAGUACGUCAUAUUCCUUCAACAGGUGAUACCGAGUGCAAGCGUGUAGUGGAGGGAGGCAAAAUGGAGGUGGCGACGGUGCUGGUGGUGGUCGCGUGCAUGGUCGCCUACGUGGUGUGGUUCACGCGGCUCGCAUCGGGACUGCGCGGUCCGCGCGUGUGGCCGGUGGUGGGCAGCCUCCCCGGUCUCAUCCAGCACUCGGAGCGAAUGCACGAGUGGAUCUCCGACAACCUACGCGGCACCGGCGGCACGUACCAGACCUGCAUCUGCGCGCUCCCCCGCCUCGCGCGCCGGCAAGGGCUGGUGACGGUGACGUGCGACCCGCGCAACCUGGAGCACGUCCUCAAGAACCGAUUCGACAACUACCCGAAGGGCCCCACGUGGCACGCCGUCUUCCUCGACCUCCUCGGCGACGGCAUCUUCAACUCCGACGGUGAUACCUGGUUGUUCCAACGCAAGACCGCCGCGCUCGAGUUCACCACCCGUACCCUCCGAACCGCCAUGUCGCGGUGGGUCGGCCACUCCAUCCACCUCCGCCUCCUCCCCAUCCUCAAGGAGUCCACCGCCGUCGAUCUCCAGGACCUGCUCCUCCGGCUCACUUUCGACAACAUCUGCGGCCUGGCCUUCGGCAAGGACCCCGAGACGCUCGCCCCGGGCCUCCCUGAGAACGCCUUCGCCACCGCCUUCGACCGUGCCACCGAGGCCAGCCUCCGUCGCUUCAUCUUCCCGGAGUUCGUCUGGCGGUUCAAGAAGUGGCUCCAAGUCGGCUUGGAGGCCACGCUCUCCCGCAGCGUCGCCCACGUCGACUGCUAUCUAUCGGCCAUCAUCAAGGCCCGCAAGCUGGAGCUCAGGGACGGCCGGAACUACGACGACCUCCUCUCGCGGUUCAUGAAGAAGGGCACCUACACCGACUCCUUUCUCCAGCACGUGGUGCUCAACUUCAUCCUCGCCGGCCGCGACACCUCCUCCGUCGCCCUCUGCUGGUUCUUCUGGCUCGUCUCCACCUACCCGGCCGUCGAGCACCGCAUCCUGCUCGAGCUCGCCGCCGUCCUCGGGGAAUCCCGCGGCAGCGAUCCCAGCGCGUGGCUUGCCUCCCCGCUCGCGUUCGAGGAGAUCGACGCACUCGUCUACCUCAAAGCAGCCCUGUCCGAGACACUCCGGCUGUACCCGUCCGUCCCCGAGGACUCCAAGUACGUCAUGGCCGACGACGUCCUCCCCGACGGCACAUUCGUGCCCGCGGGCUCCUCAGUCACGUACUCCAUCUACUCCGCGGGGCGGAUGAAAUCCGUGUGGGGAGACGACUGCCUCGAGUUCCGACCGGACCGAUGGCUCUCGCCGGACGGGAAGCGGUUCGAACCGCACGACUCGUUCAAGUUCGUCGCCUUCAACGCAGGACCACGGGUCUGCCUCGGAAAGGACCUCGCGUACCUGCAGAUGAAGUCCAUCGCCGCUGCCGUGCUGCUAAGGCAUCGCCUGAGAGUCGCCCCCGGCCACCGCGUCGAGCAGAAGAUGUCGCUCACCUUGUUCAUGAAGAACGGGCUAAGGAUGGACGUACAGGAUCGCGACCUCACCGCUAUGGCCGAUGAGCUCCGCACCACUCGGCAGCCGCCGGAGGUGGUGGCGCCUGCUGAGGCUGCGGCGGCAACAGCAUGAGCUACCGGUGCUAAGAGCAGUGCUGUGGCGGCAUUGAAGUGUGGCGAAAUGUAGAUAGAAAGCAGGCAAACAAGUUGGUGUGAGUUGGAGAAGAGAAAGAAUUAUUGUGUCUUACAAUAGAUUUAUUUGAAGCAAAUUCAAGUAUUACUGAUUGAGGUAUGGUUUUCAAUAAGAGCUGUUCUGAAAGGGUCAUAAUAAGUUAGGAGAACAAGAAACAUUGAUAUAA